UUUGUAUUUUAUAGUUUUUCUAAAUCGCAAAAGCUAUUUAAAUAAACGCUUAAAAUUGUGUUCACGCAGAAAUAUACGUUGUAGUGUCUUGUUCGCAUUUUGUCUGAGUAGAAUUUUGAUGUGACGAAACCCUACAUCUCUUGAGUAAGGUUUUCUGUCACAAUCUGAAGAUGAGCUCCCAGCAAUUUCCAAGGUCUGGAGUUCUAGCUUCUGGUUUGGGGUCAGCACAGACAAUAGGGGCCAACACUGGCCUGGCCCCUGGAAACCCUCAGAGCACAGGGAUGGGUGACGAAGGUAGCCGGGAUUCAGAUCAUGGUCCUCGUGAUCACUCUUCCACUGGCGGGGGCUCCCUACCGUUCCGAGAUGAGAAGCAGGAGACGGUGGUGGUGAGACCCUACCCACAGGUUCAGACUCAUGGACAGCCUCUAACACUGGCCCAGCACCACACAUUACCAACAGGGACAGCUGUCACCGUCACUGCCCCUCCUGCUCACCUCGCUCAGGCCAUGCCCCUGUCCUUCCCUGAGGGGCUCAUGAAGCUUUGGCAUACUGGACAAGAGCUGUCUGGGACAAGGACACUGUCGUACGAUUCUGUGAGUGUCCCAGUGAAUGAGGAUGGGCGGUUACCCUAUCAGCCUGCCCUGAAGCCUACAGUGCCUAGCCGCCCCAUUGCCCCAGCACCAGCCUCCAUUCAGGGUCACCUUACCAUGGAGAGCAGCAUGCCUCAGGCCUCUGCCAUUCCCGUGGCAACCAUCAGCGGGCAGCAGGGGUCUCUUGUUUCUUCCCAGGGUCACCCCAGUAACCUGCAUCACCUUAUGACAGCCAACGUGCAGAUGUCCAUCAUCCGGAGCAGCACCCCUGGACCUCCUCUGCACAUCGGACCUUCAGCAACACCCCAGCACACCUUCACCUCCCACUUACCCAGAGGAGCGGCAGCUGCAGCAGUAAUGUCCAGCUCCAAAGUGACGACAGUGCUGCGACCAGCCUCUGGACCCAGCAGCGGGACAGGACAAGCCACAGUGCAACACAUCAUCCACCAGCCAAUCCAGUCUCGCCCUGCUGUGACCACAUCCACAGCAGUGCCACCCACUGUUGUGGCGACAGUCUCUGCGACAAGGGCCCAGUCUCCAGUGAUCACUACCGCCGCGGCGCACAUAGCCGACACAGGGCAUGGGCGACCAUCGCUAACCAUUCAUCCUCCCCCAGCCACACGCAUCACCCUGCCUUCACACCCUGCCCUCGGGGCCCAGAAGCCACAGCUCCACACCAUGGCACAGAAAUCCUCAAUUUUCAGCACAGUGACUCCAGUUGCUGCAGCUACAGUGGCACCAAUUCUUGCAACCAAUACUGUUCCAUCACCAACAACCGCAGGCUCCAUGCCCCACACACAGUCUGCAACCAGUACCAUUGUAACCAUGACAAUGCCCCCUCACUCCUCAAAUGCAACAGCAGCCACAACCUCCACAAUCCCAGUGGCUAAGGUGGUCCCUCAGCCCAUUGCUCAUACUUCUCCCCGGAUCCAGCCUGAUUACCAAGGCGAAAGAGGCAACCUCAUUCCCAUUUCAGGUCAUAGGUCAUCGCCAAACCCAGUUGCAAUGGAGGCCAGAAAUGACAACAGGCAGCCUAUGCCAGUGCCAGUGCCUAUGCCAGUGCAGUUCCAAUACUUCCAGUACAAUCCAUCUGCAUAUCCCCUGGCUCACACCUACACACCCAUUACCAGCUCUGUCUCCACCAUCCGCCAGUUUCCAGUUUCUGCUCAAGCUCCCAGUUCAGCCAUCCCUGCUCAGGCUGGUGUAGGGGUCCACCUCAACCCUGUGCAGCUAAUGACAGUUGAAGCUUCCCAUCGCUUGGGGCUCCAGGCUGCAGCAAUCGGCACACAGGGAAUCCAGACUGCAACAUUGGGUACACAGGGAAUUCAGCCAGCUCCAAUAGGAACGCAGGGGCUCCAUCCUGCAGCACCAAUUGGCACCCAGGGAAUCCAGACAGCACCAAUCGGCUCGCAGCAGACUGAGGCUAAGUCAGUGGUUUUGGCAGAUGGUUCCACUCUUGUUGCCAACCCCAUCAGCAACACGUUCAGUGCAACUCCAGCAGGCGCCACCACAGUGGUGCAGACUCACCCACAGGGCGGCAGCACUAAUGUGCCAACACUGGUUUCCUCCCCGCGCCCCAGCAUUCUCCGCAAGAAACCCACCAAUGAGGGGUCUGCGGUACGUAAAAGCCUGAUCCCAGCGCAGGCAGGUGAAGCAACUAGCCCACGGAUAGACAGCACUAUGAGGAGCGCGUCUGGGUCACCACGACCGGCAGGAGCAAAACCAAAACCGGAGAUCCAAGUAGAGGCUUUGUCCAAUCAGAGCAGCGAGCAGCAGACAGUCCCGGCCCCUCCCCAGCACCCCUCGCAGACUAUUUCAGCCAUCUUGACGGCGGCUGCUCCUCCUUCCCAGCCAACAGCGGCUCUGUCAACACUUCCAGCAGCCAUGGCUGUGACCCCGCCCAUCCCUGCAUCAAUGGCCAACGUAGUGACCCCUCCCACCCAACCAGCAGUGAGUAGCACAGCAGCCUCAGCUGUCAGCUGCGCCUUCCCAGAGAUCAAAAUCAAACAGGAGGUGGAGCCUAUGGAGACAGUGCCCCCUGCCCUCACCCCAUUUGGCAGCUCUCUGGGGCUCCCUUCAGGGGACAUACCCCCUGGUGCCUCCCCCAGGAAAAAACCUCGCAAGCAGCAGCAUGUCAUCACAGAGGAGAGCGAGAUGAUGGAGACCAACAGCACAGAUGAGGAGAAAUCCAGUGCCAGGCCCCUUGCAGGCAAGGCUGAGAAACGCAAGUUACCGCCAAAGGAGUACAUAGAUGAGGAGGGCGUACGAUAUGUGCCAGUUCGCACCCGACCACCAGUCACUUUGCUUCGCCACUACCGCAAUCCAUGGAAGGCUGCCUAUCACCACUUCCAGAGAUACAGUGACAUUAGGGUGAAAGAAGAGAAAAAGGGCACCAUGCAGGAGAUUGCCAAUCAGAAGGGUGUGGUGUGCAGAGUGCAGGGCUGGAAGAUCCACCUGUGUGCAGCACAGCUUCUACAGCUGACAAACCUGGAGCAUGAUGUUUACAGCCGGCUGAGCACGCUGCAGGAGGGGCUCAUUCCCAAGAAAAAGGCAGGAGCAGACGAUGACCUGCACCGGAUCAAUGAGCUCAUACAGGGUAACAUGCAGCGCUGUAAGCUGGUGAUGGAUCAGAUCACAGAGGCCCGUGAAGCCAUGAUGAAGGUGCUGGACCACAAGGAUCGAGUUAUGAAGCUGCUGAACAAGAAUGGUGGGUCCAAGAAGGCGUCUAAACUGAAGCGCAAGGAGAAAGCUUAGCCCCUCAAAGGGGCUCUUGCAGAGUUCAAGUCUUGUGUUCCUGCUCAUUGUCUGACAGGGGCCACAAGAAACUCAAAUGAGGGUUUUGGUUAAAUGUAUACAAAUGUUAAAUUAUAUUGGGUUUUGAACAACAUUAACAAUCUCAAAGUAUAAUGAAUGGUUCUACAUUCUCGUUUAAACAAGAAAUUUCUAAUGUUCAGUGCGUGGUGAUUUAAUAUUCAUACACACAUUAUCCUACAAUUCCAUGUGGUUUAGAGUCUGCUUUGUUUAAAUACUUUGUGCAAUAUUCCAUAGCGUAUGGACUUAUUUGCAGUCAAACUUGUAUAUACAUUAUUUACCAAGGUGAAAAUGAAACUAGCAAGCCCUGCAGUUUUAAAUAAAACUAUACUGCCAGCUUAGAUAUUUCAUUUUUAAUGAAGUGUCUGUAAAUGUGCUGAAUGCACUCCCCCAUGUUUCCCUUAGGAUCAACUUUGCUGACUGUUACACUCAUUCCUCAACACCUGCACAAAGCUCUGCCUUACAGCAGUGUACCAGCACUCGCACAAUACAAUCCUGCAUAUAGCAUAAUCAGCUCUUUUAUUGAAACUGCUAUUGUAUCAUUAGAAAUAUGAGCAGUCUUAAAUAGCUAUAUGGAGAAACCCAAGAUCAGAAAACAUACUAAAAUAACUUGGUGUUCACAUGAACAUUCAACCAAAUGCAUUCAUAGUUAUCAUUAUCUCUGAAUAAAAAUAAGAUUCACAAAAUCAUCCCAUUUCCAGAUGGGGUCAGAUUACUUGCCCACAAUAUUGAUUUUAAAAGCUUCAUACAGUAUAAUUAACUCAGGGAGGUUGAAUUGGCUCCUACAGCUUGCACCUUGUGUUUCUUGUUCAUUCUUAUUAUCAAAAACAAUGGUUUAAACUUAGUAAAGUAGUAAAUGCUUUGUAGGUCUCAGAUUUCUCCAAACACGAGACCAAACUGCUGUCAAAAAUAAAUGUCUAUCAGAAUAUUGACCUAAAUACAGAUACUAUUAUCAGUAAAGAAAUUUUUUCCCUCUACACAAAGAUCUCCAAGUAGUCUGGUUGCCAUAUCUUCAAUCAACAAACUGUUUCUUUAACGUCCCUUAAUAUAGAAUAUUUGCCCUUGCCCAUUCAAUAACAUGUAUGAUUUAUAUAUAAAGAUAGAUGCAAUGGGUUUGGGUGGUUUUGCUAGUUGAGUGAUAUUUGGUUGUAUUCUUAUAAUAAUCAUGCUUAACCAUGUGCAGUAUUCAUGUAUGCUGCUGCUGCAUUCUGAGCCUACUCAUCCAUAAUUUUAACCGAUAAAAAGAAAUUCUGAAUUGACUAAAUUGCCAUUGUUUCAACUGAGCAGGAAAUCGCGUGUGUGUAUUGAUCCGGGGUGUCUUGAUGCUACAAAAGCAAGAUUGCAAAAUCCUCCAUAAAGAUAGAUAGGAAAUGUUAUAUGUGUGGAGGAUAAUGUUAAAGCUACCCAAAUCUUUUGUGUCGAAAGAGUUGAUGGUUUUUUUUUUUUUUAAUACUCAGAAAAUAUCAUGUUUUUUUCAAGUGUACAUUAUUAUUGUAAAUUAUAAUUACUCAGUUUUCUGUAUAGCAGUUUAAUUUGUAGUUGUAACGUGUAGUCUGUUGGAUUUGAAUUGACAUGUGGUGCUUUCUCUAGUGUAUGUAACACUGCUCUGUUUAGUAUCUUUAAAAGAUCUGAAGUAAACUCCGUUUUGUACAUGCCGAUUUUGUUUUUCUUUGUUUUAAAUAAGGACCCCAUCAUAAUAUGGAUUUGUGUGGCAUUUGCUGUGUGUUUUUUUUUUUUUUUACCCCACUCAAACCACUUGCU